AUGGCCGAGCGAUACAACAUCCACUCGCAGUUAGAGCACCUGCAGUCCAAGUACAUCGGCACCGGGCACGCGGACACCACCAAAUAUGAGUGGCUGGUGAACCAGCACCGGGACUCCAUCGCCUCAUACCUCGGCCACUACGACCUCUGCAACUUCUUCGCGUUGGCCGAGAAUGAGACCAAACAGCGGAUCAAAUUCAAUCUCAUGGAGCGUAUGAUACAGCCGUGCGGUCCGCCGCCUGACAAACACGACGAUUGA